ACCGGAAGGACGUGCUUGUGAGGUAUCUCGGAGUUCGCCGAAUUACGCCAUGUGGCAGACGUUAGAACGCUAUGCUGGAUUACACGCACGAAGAGUGUUGCCCAGCCAGCAGCUUGAAGCACCGCGAAGAGUGUAUAUUCCCUCUGACCUCGUGGACAGCGUAGAAGGGCCCUGCUGCUUCACCCUGAUGCAUGGCGGCGAAGAUUCCAGCACAAAUGUCUGUGCUGAAAGAACAGAUCCUCUCGUCGGGUGGGAAUCGCUUACAAGAGCUCUGUUGACCAUUCACGUUUGCAUCCGUUGCUUGUGCCUGCAGAAUUUUGACCACUUCACUGCUACCGAAGCGCUUCUACAAGUGCUUCAGUUUGGAAGAUGGUACCGCACUGAUCACUGUUGAAGUGGCGACGUAUGCUGACCCGUGUCUAGAUUUUAUGCUGCCGUACUUGCGUCGCCUGCGGCAAGCACGAAAUCCUGAACAGGUGAAAAUUAAAGUUGGCGGUCUCCUUUACGACAUCUGUUCUCAAGAGAUUCUUAAGGAUGGACCUCCUGAAUUCCAAGAUCGCAGGCUUGUACAAAUAUUGGAAGCAACCUUCGAGAUGCCCUACCUGCAGCAUUUCGUAAUAGAGCUCCAGACUGAACAGGUUGCCCUCCGCCGAAUGGAAAUCGCCCUAAGCUUUGCCCUCAGUGGUUCCGGCGAACUUCAGAAGCUCAAAUACGAGGUCGACCCAGACUACGCUGAUCUGCUCUGCACUAACAAGUUGGCGGUUGGUGGAACGUUUGGAGUUCAGACAGUCGCACUCCCUAAACUCUGCGCCCUUCGAGAACUGACAGGAUCCCCGCGCGACAUGGGACCCUACAUUGUCACCGUCGAGCUGCCGUUAUUGCCGCAUCAUCAUGUUCUUCGUGUGAAUGCGAUUGUACGCAGGCGCAGUAGCGACGAAUCGGAUUCAGACUGAGAAUUUCGAAGCAUAUCUUCCUUUUUUUUUGCGGAGGCCGACCAACAAACCAGAGCUUCGUCCUACUUACGUUUGUACGCCAU